UUUCUUUCACAGUUUUAGUCGUUCAUCAGAAGCUGUCACGUUCAGGUCCCUGUCCAAUUAUUUUGUAAAUUAUUUUUUGUAUUAUUUCUUGUAAAAUGUCUGUACUGGAGAAGAGCAUUACGUCCAAGAUUGAAUGGCACGUGACGAACAUUAACAGUAAAUCUCACGAAAUUGAAUUAGAAGAUGGUUUCAAGGUUUGCUUUGGCGUUAAGACGGUCGCUUUUCAACAUGUUAUUUACCUCGUGUCCAAGUCGAAUCAACCUUCCAUUUUUGACAUUGCCGAAGUACUUUUCACUACAUGCGCCUUGCCCGAUCAGCGGAAGCGAAUGUAUCGAGUAUCAAACGAAGGACCCAAUUCCGUCUACUCUGCUGAACUGUUGGAUUUGAAGACGCCCCUCACGUUUACCUGCUGGAUUUCUCUCAAGAUUAUGGAGACUGUGACCGAUUAUUCGCAUCAGUUGGCGGAUACUCUUCUGGCGGAACAGCUGUGGAUUUCGGCGAAAAAUGGCAGCCUCACUGAUGUCGAGUUUCAAGUCGGACAAUCUUCAAAAAUGAAAACGUUCACUGCCCAUCGCUCAAUUCUAUCAGCGCGUAGUCCAGUGUUUGCCGGUCUGUUUGAAAAAGAAGAAGCUGCAUCCAGUUCUGUCGUAAUAGACGACGUUCAACCAGUCAUUUUCAGUCAUUUUCUGCGUUUCGUCUACACGGGACAGUUGAAGGCUUCGGCUAUGGCCAGUCUGGGCGAACUUCAAGCAUUGGCAGAUAGGUAUCAGAUUGCAACACUUCAAAAACUUUGCCGUCACCCACUUCAAGAGAUGAAUGCGUCAGAGCUGACUUCUCUCAUUCUUUCCAUCAACUGUACUCCUGUUUCAUCGAAAAUCGAAACGCAUACUCUUUUUGGUAAAGUGUUUAAUAAUCGGCUGGCACACAUGUCUCCUCUGCUCAUAGAUUCCAACUCUAAUAAUCAGACUAACAACGUGUCGGCAUUGGAUCGAGCCAAUUAUUUCUUUGGCGGAAAUCCACUCACACCUGCGGCCAGUACUAACACUUCCGAGUUCACUUUUCCCAAAUUGAAAGACACUCCGUCUGUAUCGUUCAACUUCAACAAUCGAAAUUCUUCAAGCAAUGGUGCUUCUCCGGUCAUAGCCUUACAGGAUCCCAGCAAGUUCAAUAAUAUGGGAACGACACCUGCAUCUGCCUGCUCCAUAGCCAAAGGAAAAUAUCCAGCCACUUCCAGCACUCCGUCGACGUCUGGAACGAGUGGUGUUCCAUCUGGAUCCAAAUUUUCGGCCUCGACUGGAGAUUCUUUGCCUAGUAAAUCAGCCCCAAAUGCAUCAAAUUUCAGCUUCAAACAACCCGUUGAUGUCGACUCUGUUACAUUGAAGGCGGCUGUUGUUGCGGCUGCUGUCAGUCGUAUUCGGAUGGUCUUUGACGAGAUUUUGGGAAGCGAGGAAGCGUCACAUUCUUAUUACAGUCCUUCCAGAGAACACAUGGCUGCUCCUCCACCUUCUCCGGAAUCAAAUUAUUCGAUCAAGCCCAUGUUUCAAAUGUCGCCACCGAAGCUCGUCGUGCCGAAUUCAUCGUCCUUCACCGCUCCAUCUACAGGUGUGUGUUUUACUUUCCCUCCCGCCACCCAGGAAGGUCGAUUUGGUAAGAUUCCAAUGCGAUCACCUGCAAGUCCACUUCCAUGGCAGCCCAACGCCUCUCGUGGUGAUGGAUGCAUCAAAAUUGAAAUUCCCCCUCUAGGUUCAUCAGCUCAUUUGUUGAAAGCGGCCAGUAAUAACAUAAGCAGCCCAACCUGUUCUCCAGUACACAGGAUUCAACAGGAAGGGACCAACACACAUUCGAAAUCCUGUGAGACAAGAAAACAUUUAUCACCAAAUGCAUUCGGAUUUCCUAUUCUCCACAUGCCUCAUCCUCUCAGGUCCGAAGACGGUCUCUGUGAAACUUCAGAAAAAGUAAUCAGCACCAAAACUUUAUAGAGCGCUGAUCAAUACUAUACUGUAACUUGUAACUUGGGUGUACUCAGAAAUAUAUAUUUUUCUUAUUUCUCUUA